AAUUUACAUCAUCUUCUGGCUAUUUCUUUCAUGUUAGGAAAGGACCAUCGAAGGACUCGAGUGGCAAAUGCAUAUUUCUCGCUGUUUAUGGCUGUUGGGAAUGUUCUUGGCUUUGCAACUGGAUCAUUCAGCAGUUGGUUUAAAAUAUUACCGUUUACCAUGACAUCUGCAUGCAAUGCCGAUUGUGCCAAUCUCAAGUCUGCAUUCUUUAUUGACAUUAUUUUCAUUGCAAUAACUACAUGUAUAAGCAUUUCAGCCGCUAAUGAAGUCCCUCUAGGUUCAUCUACUAACAGAGGUACUAUUUCUAAUGAAGAUGGGCCUGCACAAGCAGGCCAUGCUCAAGAAGCUUUUCUCUGGGAAUUAUUUGGAACUUUUGGAUAUUUCUCAGGGCCUAUAUGGAUAAUUUUCUCUGUUACUGCUCUGACUUGGAUUGGAUGGUUUCCAUUUCUUCUCUUUGAUACUGAUUGGAUGGGGAGAGAGAUCUAUGGUGGCAAGCCAAAUGAAGGACAAGUUUAUAAUACUGGAGUCAGAAUGGGAGCAUUGGGUUUGAUGUUGAAUUCAGUUAUCCUAGGAAUUACUUCAGUUCUUAUGGAAAAACUUUGCAGGAAAUGGGGGGCUGGUUUCGUCUGGGGAGUUUCAAACAUCCUCUUGGCUAUUUGCUUUCUCUCAAUGCUCAUUCUCUCCUAUGUGACAAACCAUAUGGACUAUGUUGGCCAUGGUAUGCCAUCAAAUGGCAUUGUAAUUGCUGCGUUAAUAAUUUUUUCGGUUCUUGGUGUCCCACUGGCGAUCACCUACAGUGUUCCAUAUGCCUUGAUUUCCACACGUAUUGAGUCUUUAGGACUUGGCCAAGGCUUAUCUAUGGGUGUUCUAAAUCUGGCAAUUGUUAUUCCACAGGUUGUGGUGUCCUUGGGAAGUGGACCAUGGGAUCAGCUAUUUGGUGGGGGAAACUCACCAGCUUUUGCUGUUGCAGCAAUUGCAGCCUUCACAAGUGGACUAAUAGCAAUUUUGGCUAUUCCUCGAAGCAGUACCAUUGCUCAGAAGCCCAGGGCCCUCAUCUGAGGUAUUUUAAUGUUCCUAAUUUAUUUGUAUCUAAUCAAGAUGAGUAUUAAAGCAUUCAGGUUCAGGAGGCCAAACCCUCACGUUUUUAUUGAUUUUCCCCUUACUAUAACUUUCAUUGUUAAUUUGUAAAUAGCUUCUGUUUGAUAUAUUUAUUAAUAAAAUCAUUGUGAUCUGAGAAUAAAUUCUUGUGUUUAUUGCACUUAUCAGUAUCUUGGGAAGGCUGUUUUGCUUUCAAUGCUCCCAUGCUCUGCUUUCUACCAACGCCGGAGAAGCAUUUAGAAGGCUGGCCCUUAAGGAGUACAAUUUGAUUCCUCUUAUUACCGUUAUGUCAAAAGAAAUCCUGUAUGAAGACAAACAUGGUGACAUUUUUAGCUUUUGGGAAUAUGUCGUAAAAGGCAGAAAAGUUUCUGCUAGUGCCCAUAUAAAUUUUUAAGAAAUGCCAUGACAAAUGUCUGCUUGGUGCUCUGAAAUUGCAUGGAUGUUGUGUGUGUGUGUGUAUAUAUAUAUAUAUUAUAUAUAUAUAUAUAUAUAUGAUAACAGGGCAUGUGAAAUGGAGAAAAUAAUGGGCGUCAGUGCCUGGAAUUUCCUCUGUUCACAAAGCAUCACUCUUUUUACCAGGAAAAGUAUGGGCUUGAAGAGGUGUAUAGAAUCUGUGAAUUUGUUCCUUACAGUUUCUAGAGAAGUAUAAUCUCAUUUUUAAUGUCAAAUCCACGAAGGUCUUGUCACUUUUGCGUUCCUUUUCCCCCAUUGAAACCAGCAUUUGCAACUUGGUGUAGAAAUGUGUUUUCUUGAUUAACAGACACAGGGGAAUAUCAAGGAAGAGUAUGUGAUCCUAGAACUUGUCAAUUUCUUUUGCUACAGCACUGGUGGGAUCAACCUCUGACCCACACAGUCAUUCUCUUGACUCUUUCCUAUCAAAUGUCAAUUGCUCAAAAAGAAUAAAACAGGCAGCGCAACACAUGGGGUCUGUAAACAGAGUUUUACUCAAGAUUUGUCACCACUUAAUUGGGGAAAAGCCGUCGAGCCAUGUUGGGGUUUGUUUGUAGAGGUUACAAAGAAAGAGCAAGUUAUGAU